GUUUGCUGCUUGUUAACCGACUGCAGUUGUGUGCCUGUCGUCCCAGCGGCCGGAAGUCUGCAUGAAGCUGCGUCUUCCUCACAGGCGGCGACCCUUUUUUUUCUACCUUGUUUUUUUUUUUUUUUUUUAUACCACGCUUUUUUUUUUCUCUUUUUUUUAAUUCUCACUCGGCGCGAUGAGCACAGAGUAGCGAAGAGGGUGCGCAGAGGGAGCGACGAUGAAAGCGGAGUAACGCACACGCAGGCAGGGCCUCCGUGUAGCUUUAGCGAACAAAAGGAGAACAUUAAUGGAGAAAAAAUGGACGAUUCCCAUUUCAACUCAUCAUACUUUUGGUCUCCCGUCCCCACUGUACAAGGACAGAUCGAGAGCGCCAUGUUCCUGAACAAAACCAAGGAGCAACUCGGCACGGAGAAGCCCGGCGCUCCGUCGUUCCCUCACUCCUCCGCUCCGUCCCCGCACUACCCCACGGCCGUGCUCGCCAUGCCCGGCUCCAUGGACGCGGGGCCUGGCCUGCGGGUGGUAACCAAACAGGAAGGCGGAAACUCGGCGGUCGGAGGAGGAGCGUCCAUGAGUGCUGUCGGAGGACACAUGCACCAGUCACACACUUCCCAGAACGUCACUGUUGUGCCCGUUCCCUCAACGGGAAUUAUGACGGCGGCGGGCCUGGUCAUCACGACCCCCCAAGGCACGCUGGUCCCUACUGCCUCCACUCAGUCUUUUGUGGCGGGACCUUAUUCUGCCACCACCAUGUUCGUGUCUGCGCUGCACCCCUCAAACACAGACAAGAAGGGCGACAUAGCCGAUCCCCCUGUGGUUGUCAUGCCAACGGCAGGCAAGCGAGGCAGGAAGAGCAAACAAAUGAGCAGACCGAGCGCCAUCCUCCCUCCAGGAAGCGACGCGUUGAUAUUAGCACACCUGGCAGCCACUGGACAGCAUCAUUCAGCAGAUCCCUACGACCUGUCCAAUGAUGAGGACGACCAUGCCAACAAGGACGGCCCCAAGUCUUACAGGUGUCGAAUGUGCGCGGUGACGUUCUUCAGCAAGUCCGACAUGCAGAUCCACGCCAAGUCGCACACCGAGGCCAAGCCCCACAAGUGCCCUCACUGCUCCAAAUCCUUCGCCAACUCCAGCUACCUGGCGCAGCACAUCCGCAUCCACAGCGGCGCCAAGCCCUACAGCUGCACCUACUGCCAGAAAGCAUUCAGGCAGCUCAGCCACCUGCAGCAGCACACACGCAACCACACUGAGGCCAAGCCCCACAAGUGUCCCCACUGCUCCAAGUCCUUUGCCAACUCCAGCUACCUGGCGCAGCACCUCCGAAUCCACAGCGGGGCCAAGCCCUACAGCUGCACCUACUGCCAGAACGUUUUCAGGCAGCUCAGCCACCUGCAGCAGCACGCACGGAUUCACACUGGCGACCGGCCGUACAAGUGCAACCAUCCCGGAUGUGAGAAAGCUUUCACGCAGCUGUCCAAUCUGCAGUCUCACCGUCGGCAGCACAACAAGGACAAGCCGUACAAGUGCCACAACUGUAACCGCGGCUACACGGACGCUGCCAGCCUGGAGGUGCACCUGUCCACGCACACUGUCAAACACGCCAAGCUCUUCUCCUGCGGCCUCUGUAACCGCUCCUACACCUCGGAGACUUACCUCAUGAAGCACAUGAGGAAGCACAACCCCGACACGCUAACGGCGGCAGCCCAGCAGACGGGAAGCGGCAGGGGCCGAGGCCGCGGCAGAGGGCGAGGAGGGGGAGCCCGAGGGGGCCUGCAGGCCAACCCGAACAACAGCGGCCAGAACCCCGGGCCCCCCGGCAGCUACCUGCAGGCGGCGGAAGCCGUGAUCCCGUGCCCUUUUGAUCUCCACCAGUACAAGACGGUGUCGGCCAGCGAGAUCCAGUACAAGCCCGUCACAGUGGCGGACCUUCCAGCGACCCACAAAGACCUCUGCCUCACCGUCUCCACGUCCGCCAUCCAAGUGGAGCACAUGAACUCUACUAGCGGCUCUCAAACACACUCAGAAGAUUGACUUUUCUACUUUGCUCUCAACGGGGUGGACCUGGUCACGUUUAGGACAUAGGUUCCUUGAUUUGAAGUCCUUGUAAGGACCUUGGGACACCAGGACCACAUCUCUCCUUCCUGCGGAAACAGGAGGUGAUCCCUAAUCCGAGGUAAGGUGCUGACUUUUUGGUCGCCAAGACAAGCAGGUGUAAGGCUUUGUCCACGGGAACACAGAUAUUUUUUUUUCUGUGCAUUAUGGCCUCCCGCCCACCCACAAACUUUAGUUUUGGUUCUCUUGGAAAACUUUUUCCCCAAAAUAUUUUCCACAAGUCCAGCUUUGGCAUGCGUGUACAGGCGGGUAAAUCGGGGCUACAGUAGACGAUUUUCACACAACACCAGUUAUUAAUUUCAGGCUUCAUUAUGUUGCAAUAUGGCGACGCUUGUUAGCUCCUCCCCCCUCCAAACGCUCAGGUGGAGCUCAACAAUGGACGCAGUUUUUUUCCGCUGUAAGUGCCACUUUUAAAUCCAACUCCUCCCGUUUCGGAACAACAAGUACAAUAAAAUUGACCGAUGUUUCAGCUUCAACCGCCAUUUUUUAACUCUCAAAGCUCGGCAGGGGAAGCUAAAUAGCAAGUCAAGGAAACACCGCAGGGAACUCUUAAGUCACGCUCAUUCCCCGCCGAAGAGCUAUUACCGGAUCAAGACGGCGUGGGAGGGAAUGGCGUCGCGACUACGCAGGAAUAUAUUCCAGGCUAUGCGGGUUUACGUUUCAUUCCGUGCAGUGGUAAACGCAUUUGGUUCCUUGAUGUUGUUUCCUGGUCUUUGUGUAGGUCAGUGCUGCUUUUUGAAGAUAAUACGAUGAAAUACAUAUUUUCAGGCUUCUGAUUUGUCAAAUACCGUAUUUUUUGUUAUAUAAGUCGUUCCGGAGUAUAAGUCGCACGGGCCGAAAAUGCAUAAUAAAGAAGGAAAAAAACAUAAAUAAGUCGCACUGCAGUAUAAGUCGCAUUUUUGGGGGAAAUUUAUUUGAUAAAACCCAACACCAAGAACAGACAUUUGAAAGGCAAUUUAAAAUAAAUAAAGAAUAGUGAACAACAGGCUGAAUAAGUGUACGUUAUAUGAGGCAUAAAUAACCAACUGAGAACGUGCCUGGUAUGUUAACGUAACAUAUUAUGGUAAGAGUCAUUCAAAUAACUAUAAGAUAUAGAACAUGCUAUACGUUUACCAAACAAUCUGUCACUCCUAAUCGCUAAAUCCCAUGAAAUCUUGUACGUCUAGUCUCUUUUGUGAAUGAGCUAAAUAAUAUUAAUUUGAUAUUUUACGGUAAUGUAUUAAUAAUUUCACACAUAAGUCGCACCCCCGGCCACACUAUGAAAAAAACUGCGACUUAUAGUCCGAAAAAUACAGUAUGCGCAUGACCGCGAGUGGUUUAAAUUUUUAGGCACUUAACGAUUCGAUCCGAUUCUUGGGAAAACGAUUCUAUUCAAAAUCGAUUCAAACCGAUUCUCGCAAUGUAUUAUUUGGUAUAAUAAUUGUAAUGACUUUUUUUUUUUUUUAAACAGGUGACCGGUUAGAAAAGCUCCUACUUGUUGCAUGGAGAAGGACUAAAAAACGUCUUUUUUUUUUUUUUUUUAAAGUACCGUAUUUUUCGGAGUAUAAGUCGCACCGGCCGAAAAUGCAUAAUAAAGAAGGGAAAAAACAUAUAUAAGUCGCACUGGAGUAUAAAUCGCAUUUUUUGGGGAAAUUUAUUUGAUAAAGCCCAACACCAAGAAUAGACAUGUGAAAGGCAAUUUAAAAUAAAUAAAGAAUAGUGAACAACAGGCUGAAUAAGUGUACGUUAUAUGAGGCAUAAAUAACCAACUGAGAACGUGCCUGGUAUGUUAACGUAACAUAUUAUGAUAAGAGUCAUUCAAAUAACUAUAACAUAUAGAACAUGCUAUACGUUUACCAAACAAUCUGUCACUCCUAAUCGCUAAAUCCCAUGAAAUCUUGUACGUCUAGUCUCUUACGUGAAUGAGCUAAAUAAUAUUAUUUGAUAUUUUACGGUAAUGUGUUAAUAAUUUCACACACAAGUCGCUCCUGAGUAUAAGUCCAAACUAUGAAAUAAACUGCGAUUUAUAGUCCGCAAAAUACGAUACGAAUCGUUCACUGAAUAAGAAUCACAAUUCGGAUUUGAAUCUAUUUUUUUUCCUGCACAAAUGACCGCCGGUGAAUGUGAUUUUUACGUCUGCAGGGAGAUCAUUUUUUCUAACUCCACUUGGAUGGGGGAUUUUUUUUUUUUUCCACACCCCGCCGCCGUACGGAUAUCGUGCAUUUGUAAAGAAUAUCUGCGUUCAAAUGGACGCUUGAGCCUGUUCCUGCUUGUCGAAACACGACCACCAGGCAAGGAUGCUACGGAGGAGAAUUCGGUCGGACCAUUAGACCUGUCGCUAAAGAGCGUCGCGCUGCAAAGAAUGGAGCUGAGACAAAUGGAAAGCGGGGCACUGGACACUUGGGACGGCCAAAAGUACGCUGCAGGGCCGGGAACUAAGCACUUAAUGAAGCUUGUACUUCACCUCCGAUGUUUGCCACCUGUACUUUUUUAAUAUACCAUAUGUACGUAUUUUUCUACCAGCAGAGGAACGUGUGAGGAAGCCAAGUGGAUGUGUGAAUGUGAAAGGAAACGAGAGAACUCUCUUUUGUUACUAAUCAACACGUUAAUGAUCCUCCAACGAGCAACGGCGGAGCAAUUGGCAGCCAGAAUGUUGAUUGUCUGACACAAUGGCUGACGGGUACUGUUAUUGAUCUUUUUCAAGGCUUUUUCCGACAUAUUCUUUCAUCUUAACUGUAUUGCAAGUCUUAUCCAUGUUAUCGCUAAAGGCAUUAUUAUUAUAUGGCAGUAUAUGCUGUACAUUAAAUAGUUUUAUGUCAAAGGGAAGCCUGUCUUGUGGAAAACAUGUUUCUUUUUUUUAAAACAAUCUACACAGUCUCGAUAAGUUACUUCAAAAGGAGCCUUACCAAAAAGAUAGGGAAAAUAUUUGUGUUUUCAAGUUGUAUUAGUGAUAUUCACUCAAAUGAUGGAACAGAAAUGAUUCAACCGAGCAAUAUUAAAUGGCCGUCAAUA